AAGAGUGCCAUCAAAACACAACAUGUGCUUGUGCAAUGUGCGAAAUAAUUGAUUGACAACUGAAGGUAACGGUCGUCUAGCAUAUGGGGCAACAUGUCAUCGUCAAUAAAGUGUCAUUACGAGGUUCUAAAUGUCCCGCGAGAUGCAAAUAACGAGGAUCUCAAGAAGGCGUACAGGAAAUUAGCCUUGAAAUAUCACCCAGACAAGAACCCUGACAAUGUGGAGGAGGCCACGAGGGAGUUCCGGCUGGUGCAGCAGGCCUAUGAGGUCCUCAGUGACUCCCAGGAGAGGGCGUGGUAUGAUAAGCACAGGGAGGCCAUCCUGAGGGGAGGCUUAGGUCGUGGCGACAAGUAUGAGGACAACUCCCUGGAUGUGUUCCAGUACUUCAACUCGGCCUGCUACAAAGGUUUUGGAGAUGAAGCUGAGGGAUUCUACGCAGUGUACAGAAAAGUGUUCCACACUCUGGCAGAGGAGGAUUAUCCCUUCAUGGAAGACAAGGACAGCGACUACGAGAUUCCAGAAUUUGGGAACUCGGAAAGUUCCUAUGAAGAGAUUGUUCAUCCCUUCUAUGGUUUCUGGACCUCCUACUGUACAGCCAAGUCCUAUGUGUGGGUGGAAAAGUAUGAUACUCGUGAGGCGCCCGACAGAUGGACUCGACGCAAGAUGGAGGCGGAGAACAAGAAACAGAGGGAUGCAGCCAAGAAGGAAAGGAAUGAAGAAAUCAGGGCUCUCGUGGCAUACGUUCGGAAGAGAGACAAGCGUGUUCAAGCCCACAGGAAACGGCUGGAGGAGAGAGCGGAGGAAAUAGCUCGCAAAACUAAGGAACAGCAGGGGAAAGAGCUGCUGGAGAGGAAGAAGCGGAUGGAGAACUACAAGGAAACAGGCUGGUCUGCCAUGUCGGCCCUGGAGGAUGACCUCCGUCAGCUGGAGGCCAGUGUAGACGAGCACUUUGGAGCGGAGCGAGAUGAGGAGGGGGGAAGGGAAGGUGUCCCUGCUGAGGGUGAUGAUGUCCCCAUUUUGGAGGAGGAAGAAGAAGAGGACUACUAUGACGACCUGUUCUGUAUCGCCUGCAAUAAAGCUUUCAAAAGUGAAAAGGCGUAUGCAAAUCAUGAAAAGUCCAAGAAGCACAAGGAUCUUGUAGCAAUACUGAAGGCACACAUGGAACAGGAAGAAGAAGAGCUGGGAGAGAUGGCUGAUGGGAUACCAGCAGCAGACGACAUUGAUCUGAAUGACAGCUACACUCAGGACAGUAAACAGAAACUCUCCAAGAAACAGAAGAAGAAAAGGAAGCAACAAAAACAGCAGCAGGAGGAAGAAGAAGAAGACAUGGAGAAGUUAGAAGACAGACUUGGUGAUGUGGAUAUCGGCACCGAGGAUACGCCAGACAGCACAUCGCAGAAACACAAGGCCAAGGAGGACCCUAGCGGUGACACACCGGAGGCAUGUACAGGCAGCAGAGUGGAGGGAGAUGUGGGAGGAGCCUCUGGAGAGAAGGAUGCAAGUGAUGUCACACCAGGUGGAACUAGUCACACGGACAGUUGCCAUGGAGAUGUCACGGAAAACACACCUGCAGAAAAGUCAAAGCCAGAUGGCAGAAAAGCCAGCAAUACUAAACCUAAAGAGGUGUUCAAGUGUAAUGUGUGUCGAAAUCAGUUUGGGACGCGGAAUAAACUAUUUACUCACAUCAAGGAACAAGGUCAUGCGCUCCGAGUUACAGACUCUGCAGAAGAAACCAUAGAACGUCCCAGCGGCAAGAAGAACAAGAAGAAAGGGAAGAGAUGACGAGAGCCAUUUUUAUUUUAGAUCAUUUUAUUGUAUCAUAUCUGUAUAUGACUCAUUGCUGAAUAAAGAAUAUAAGAUUGAA